AUGGGGAAAUCAAGAACAAGGCGCGGCAAACGAUUACAAUCAUUAGAAGAAUUCCUAGACAAUAUUCAGGCUUCAAAGUUUUCUUUCAAGAAUCAGUUUUCUUUAAAGGAAAGGAGUAACAAGAAUAACAAUAGAUCAAAGCGGUCUAUGCCUCCUUACACAGGAACUAAAAGUUAUGCUCACUUAGACGUCAAAUGCUGCAAUGGUGGUGCUGAGAGUUACUUCUUCAUCUUAGGGGAUUCACUUUUUGAUGCCGGAAAUAAUCAAUACAGUUCACCAUAUAGUUAUAUUCCUGGUUAUCACCUCCCCUAUGGCAAGACCUAUUUCCCUCUUCAUCCAACUGGGAGAUAUUCUGAUGGCCGUUUGGCUCCUGAUUUUAUUGCAUCGAAGUUGAACUUACCGUUCAUGCCACCAAUUCUGAAACCUGGAGCAAAUUUCACUCAUGGCGCAAAUUUUGCUUCCGCUGGAGCAGCUGCUACCCUUAAUGUCACAAAUGCGUUGAUGACUUGGUUAUGGAGCCUUUGCCUUUCAGAUGAUUUUUGGGAAACAGGUCCAACUGUUCAAGGAGUUAGCAGCAAACUGGACGAAAGAACUUGGCACAGAUCUGAAGCCAAGAGGAGACUUGGAAGUGCGGUUUAUUUGAUUUCAAUUGGUGGCAACGAUUACUUCAGACAGUCCAGUUCAAACUCUGAUGAUACCAUACCAGAACAACAAGAAUACGUAGACAAAGUGAUUGAAACGAUCUUCCAGGAUGUCCAGGAAAUAUAUAAUGGAGGGAGGAAAUUUAUGUUUCAAAAUGUUGGACCACUAGGUUGUGUGCCAAUGUCGAAACAGAUGUCAGAUAUGAGUGAUGAAGCAUGCGUCGGGUUACAAAUAACAUUGGCGAUUCUACACAACAAUGCUUUAGUCAAGAAACUCAGAAAACUAACUAGCAAAAAUUCUUGGCCAGGAUUUGUAUUCUCAGUCUUUGAUUACUUCACUGCAGUUGGGGACAGGAUCAAAGAUCCCACAACAUACGGGUUCAAAUUUGGGGACGUGGCAUGCUGUGGUGUGGGAUCUUAUCGUGGACUUGAGUGUGGAUCAUUAACCCAGUCUUAUGAAUUGUGCUUUAACCCGAGUGAAUAUGUGUACUUUGAUGGUGCCCAUAACACUGAAGCUGUCUACUCUCAAUUGGCUGACAUUAUGUGGAGUGGAGGACCAGAGGUUCUUCAUUUGCCCCUCUCCUAUUUAUUUGAACACGAGGUUAAAAUUAAAGCUCAAGCAAAACCAACGGUCUGGGGACCUUACGAUUAUUCUGAGCUAUAG